CGGAUGAGGGAGGCGGAAGUGCGUGGGCAUGACUGCGACUCUAAAAAUCUAAAGAUCUAGACAUUACGCCACAUGAUCGCUUCUCUUUGUUCACAGUAAGAUGAAUCCAGUCGAGAUUUCCAGCGAAGGAACGUGCUUAUUUCCUCGGGAAAACCAGCUAGAAUGACGCAUUCACGACCCGCAGAGUUCAUGGUGGAAGAUUCAAAGUAAUCGAAAUGAUCCGCUACAUUUACGCAGUGGCGCAUUUCAUACUGAUGAUCGAUCUCGCCAAGACAGUUGACUUAAAGCCUCCAGAUAUUAGGCUAGUGGGAUCAGAACUACAGUGGACGUCUGCCAAUGAUGACAGUGUGCUGUAUUCAGUUCAGUACAAACGUGGCUCGCAAGUAUUUGGGAAUCCAGCGGAUGAUUGGCACAAUGUGACAAGUCAUAUUGGGACAAAAUUAAAAACAUUAUACAUCACUGCUGAAUUGUAUGGAGCAGUUUUCCGAGUGCGCGCAGAGAAAGAAAACCGCACAUCAGAAUGGCAGAAUUCGAAACCAGACACGUGUGUAAAUAUACAGUAUUGUGUUCCUUUGAUAAAUCUCACUGUUAAACCUGGAGUGGCUCACCUGCAAAUGGAACAUAUUGACCAGAGCUGGGUGAAAGAACAUGGACCUGUAAUUGCCUUUAAUAUAUCGUACUGGAAAGUUGCUAAUGGAGGUCCUUCAGAGGUAGAGUUUUUUGUUACAAAUGGCAAGAGUCAACAUUUUCCUAACCUGGAUUCAGGACAGAAGUACUGUUUUCAGGUUCAGUAUUUGAUGUACAGUAAGCCCUAUGGAAAUGCCAGCAACCAAAGAUGUGCAAUUAUCCCAAAAACAGCUGAAGAGGCAAAGAGACGUGUUUUUCUCUCAAGUAUACUAAUCACAGUUAUUGUUUUGGCCAUGUGUGGUGUCUGCAUUUUUGCACUUUUCAAGAAAUACAAACAGUUGAAACUGGUCUUUCGACCACCUCUGGAAAUUCCUGACCAUUAUCGAGAGUUUUUGACAGGGGAGCUUCCUCAGCAACCGUCUCCAAGUUCCAGCAGUCAAAGCUUACAGCCAUGUGACUUUGUUGUAUUAAUUGAGGGCAACAAUGUAGAGGUGAAUGGCCUUGAGGAGCAACAAGAGAGAAGAUCUUGAUUCUGUGUUUGACAAAAAUACUUUGAUUGUCUUUAUAUAGGUAUUUUACACUGUUUGUUUUAUAUGUAUUUUUUCAUGAACAUACAUGUGCAUCUAAAAAAAUUAGAAUAUCAUGGAAAAGUUUUUUUUUUCCAUAAUUUAAUUAAAAAGUUACCUAAUGGUAAGUGAUUUGAGGUCUAAAGCACUUUUAACACUAAAUAUGAGAAUCACCAUUUUGUGCCACAAUAUAGUUAGGACAAUGUGAUAAAUCACUAUCUACAACUAAUCAGCAAAACUAAAUCAGGGCUGUGUUCAAUAGUGAUUUAACUCCAGUUUAGCUCCACUUAAUUCUUGACCUGCUAUUUAAAAAAAGUUACAAAAUAUGAGAUCACAAAUCUGCAAACGUCUUUGCUUUUUGUUAAAUAUUAGCCCUACUACCUGGGUGGCACUGGGCCAUGCUAUUUGAGCAUCUGAAAGGUGGAAUGUGUAAUUUUAUUCCAGCACACUUUUUGUCCGAUUCCCUGAAUAUCUCUUCAUGCUCCGCUAGAUAUCUAUUCUUUGUUUGCGCUGAAAACAUAAUCGGGUGUUUGUACACAGCCCUGGCUUUGUAAAUGGGAAAAUAAAGUGGAUCAGACAGGUCCACACAACACUGUUGCAAUCACACAGCAUUGGCAAUGGGCGUGCAUGAAUUUGGGGGGCGGAGCCUCUGAAGGAGCACUGAAAGGAGGGGUGUGUUUUUUAGUUGUUAUUCUAUAGUAGAAUAAAUAUUUAAUAAACCUAUUUGUUCAUAUGGAAUCAGAGAGUGCAAAAGGGCGUAAUGAGUCUGAGGGGUGUUGGCAAAUAUUUGAAUACUUAAAAAAAAAAUGCAUUCUGUUUGGUGUCACUAGUAGUGCAGAAAUUAGACCUUAUUUUUCUAGAGCCAACUUUGAUUUGCAUGGGAAUGACAACGAGGCUGUGAGGGAUAGACUUACUCUCAAAAAAUAUCUCUUCAAUGGCACGAACAGUAUAAAGCUCCUAGAUCACAUCUGAUUUUCCACAACUCAUGUUGUCUGGAAUUCUUUGUAUACUGAAUGGUAUUGGACAGAUAUUUGAUCAACCUUUUGUCCGUGGAACGAUCCAAAACACUUCAAACUGCAAAAGUGUAUCCCUUAUGGUGCGUUCACAUACAACGCAAAGAAGAUUUUCACCUCUCUUUGCUCUCGCGAGUUUAACCGCUGGAUUAUAAAUGUGUGUUUAAACUCGUGUUUGCGUGAGUAUUCCCCCUUCUGAAAAAUGACAUGAGGAGGGGCUUCUACGACUUGGUUUAUUGUAAAGGACAACCAACAGCUGGAAUAAAGUAGUCACGCAUUUUUUCUGAACUUACCAGGUAGUCCAACUUCCUCGCUCAGUUUCCUCAAAGCAAUGUCUUUUUUUCAUCCGGUCUCUGUACAUGUAUGAUGUUGUGUUUCUCAACUUUUUCAUAAAUGUUUCCAGAUUUCUUCUGCUACUACGUCAGUGACAUCCGGACAAUCUCAAUGCUGAUAGUCUUUCGCGAUAACGUGUUAUGCAGAUUUAUUGCUAGAGUUGAAAAAUUUGCAAAUUAACCUAUUUCGUGUGUUCGAGUCACGGCAUUCGCUUCAUUCGCGCCGCCUGCUGCAAAUUUGUGUCUUUGCAUUGACUUUGUAUGUAAUCGUGCCGCAUGAAACGCUUGCUUGUGAACGCAAUAUUACAGUCAAAAUCAUAGAUGGCGCUAUUGUGAAUAAGAUCUAUUAUCUUUAUAUAUUUAUGGGGUUUAUUUAAAAAAAAAAAAUUAGGCUGCACUUAAGAAAUGAUGUAGAGUAGUAUGUGGUUUGAGCAAUGAUUAUCAUAGUCUUUGUCAUUUGUAACAUCACUAUGUGAGAAUGUAAGUGUUUCAUAACUUACUGAGAGAAAAACUCAUGUUCUCACAGUUUUUUUUAAGACAAACAAUCUAACUUGUUUUUGCAGUGGUAAUAAGGUUCUUAUUAUUAAAACAGUAGUUAUUUUAUUUGUAAUAUUUGAUAGAUGUUGAUUUACUGUUUUUAAAAAACCAGCUCUAGGAGAUGUGCAAAGUUUCACAGUUGUGAGUUAGAUGAUACUAAAAAAAAUUAAAUGAUACUAAUC